AAACAUCAAUUUUUUUAUUCACUCACUAAAUUACACCUUUUUUUUUUUUUUCUUUUCUUCUUCUCCUCACUAUUUCUUGAAUGAAAUAGAGAGGGUUUUUUUUUCCUUUUUUCUUUUUUUGGGGUGUGGGUUUGUAAUUGAAUUUUGUGAGGGGAAAAAAAUGGGGAGAGGGAGAGUGCAAUUGAAGAGGAUAGAGAACAAAAUUAAUAGACAGGUGACUUUCUCAAAGAGAAGGUCUGGUUUAUUGAAGAAAGCUCAUGAAAUUUCAGUUCUUUGUGAUGCUGAAGUUGCUCUUAUUGUCUUCUCCACAAAGGGGAAGCUCUUUGAAUACUCAACUGAUUCUUGCAUGGAGAAAAUCCUUGAGCGUUACGAAAGGUAUUCAUAUGCAGAGAGGAGACUUGUUGCAAAUGAUAACCAAUCAAAUGGAAAUUGGACUCUUGAACAUGCAAAGCUUAAAGCCAGAAUUGAGGUUUUACAGAAAAACCACAGGCAUUUCAUGGGGGAAGAUCUUGACUCAUUGAGUCUAAAAGAGCUUCAAAAUAUUGAGCAACAACUUGAUUCUGCACUCAAGCAUAUAAGAGCUAGGAAGAACCAACUCAUGCAUGAAUCCAUUUCAGAGCUUCAGAAAAAGGACAAGGCACUACAGGAGCAAAAUAACAUGUUAGCCAAGAAGAUAAAGGAGAAGGAGAAAGCACAAGCUCAAAAUCCACAAAUUGAGCAGCAGCAGAAUAGCCAUGUCAUUGAAUCUUCUCCACUUCUUCUACCUCAGCCAUUCCAAUCUCUUAACAUGAGUUGUCUUUACCCAACACACGACACUGGGGACGACGACUCCGCCGCCAAUCACGACAGAUCCGGUGUCCUCCUCCCGCCGUGGAUGCUCCGCCACCAUCUUGGUGACUAAAGGGAUAAUAUACAUAUAUAUAUAUAUAUGAUGCAGACUUAUAAUUGUAAGCCCCCUGAUGUAUCAUAUAUAUAGUAGUGUAGUAGUAAUAGUACCCUAAAUUCUUUAGCUGUAUGAACCCUUUUGGAUAAUGGAUAUAUCCAAUCCUCUGUGAAACUUUGUAGCUUUUAGUAAGUAAUUCAGGAAAAAAAGGGUAAAAUGGGUAAAGAAGCAUGGAGGCUUAUUAUUGGUUAAAAAAAUGAUACAUUUUAUAGAGAAUAAGGCUCUAAGUGACAUGAUUGUAUAUAUUUUGUAUAAAUGGCAGCCAUUUAACUUUAAUUACUUCUCAAAUUUA